AUGGCAGGUAGCGGCGGCCUGGGCGGCGGGGCCGGGGACGGCCAGGGCGCGGGGGCCGGGCAGGGGGCCGCACUGCGGGCGCCCCGCGCGUCGCUGGCGCUCGUGGCGCUGGUGCUUGGCGUCUAUUGCCUUUGCGCCCUCCCUGGCCGCUGCCCACCGGCCGCCCGCGCCCCGGCGCCGGCCCCCGCGCCCACGGAGCCGCCCCGUCCAGUCCGCCUCCCGAGAGCGCCCAGCCUGCCGGUGGCCAGCGGCCCGGGCCGCCGGCGCUUCCCGCAGGCACUGAUCGUGGGCGUGAAAAAGGGCGGCACGCGCGCCCUGCUCGAGUUCCUGCGGCUGCACCCCGACAUCCGCGCGCUUGGCUCCGAGCCCCACUUCUUCGACAGGUGUUACGAGCGUGGCCUCGGCUGGUACCGAAGCCUGAUGCCACGCACCCUGGACGGGCAGAUCACCAUGGAGAAGACACCCAGCUACUUCGUGACACGGGAGGUCCCUCGACGUAUCCACAGCAUGUCCCCAGACACCAAGCUUAUUGUGGUGGUGCGGAACCCGGUGACCCGGGCCAUUUCUGACUACGCACAGACGCUGUCUAAGACCCCGGGUCUGCCCAGCUUCCGUGCCCUGGCCUUCCGUCACGGCUUGGGCCCUGUGGACACCGCGUGGAGUGCUGUGCGCAUCGGCCUGUAUGCCCAGCACCUGGGCAACUGGCUACACUACUUCCCCCUGUCCCGCUUCCUGUUUGUCAGUGGCGAGCGCCUGGUCAGCGACCCCGCUGGGGAGGUGGGGCGCGUGCAGGACUUCCUGGGCCUCAAACGGGUUGUCACCGACAAGCACUUCUACUUCAACACCACGAAGGGCUUCCCGUGCCUCAAGAAGGCUCCAGAAAGCAGCCGCCCCCGCUGCCUGGGUAAAUCCAAGGGCCGGCCCCAUCCUCGAGUGCCUAAGGCUGUGGUCCAGCGCCUGCAGGACUUCUACAGACCUUUCAACCUCAAGUUCUACCAGAUGACUGGCCAGGACUUCGGCUGGGACUGAGAAAGUCCAUCCAGCCCUUCCCUGAACCCUUAGUGACCUUAAUUUAUGUCUGCCCACCUGGCCUAGAGCAGGCCGCCUACACGGGCUGGGUAGAGAGAAUAUUUAAGAAAUAAAAUCUGGAUCUGUAUUCUUCCACUUGACCUUGAGGCUGAGGGUGGACAUGCACAUUGUACCACCUGACUCUAGUGGGCUUGUAUCUU